CAGUUCAUCAGGAGAUCCAAGAGUUCCUGAAGUCAGAGAACAGAUCAGAGAAGGAACUCUCUGAGAUCCACUGCUCAGCUCUGGCCUACAUGCUGCAGAUGUCAGAGGAGGUUCUGGAUGAGUUGGAUCAAAAGAAGUUCAACACAUCAUGGGAGGGACGACAGAGACUGAUUCCAGCUGUGAAGAACUGCAGAAAGGCUCAAUUUUCUGGCUAUGAACUCUCAGAGAGUCUCUGUGAAGUUGUGGUCUCAGCUCUGAACUCCAACCCCUCCCAUCUGAUAGAGUUGGACCUGAGUUACAACAACCUGCAGGAUUCAGGAGUGAAGCAGCUGUGUGAUGGACUGAAGAGUCCAAACUGUAGACUGGAGACUCUGAGAUGUGUGCAAUUGUUCUAAACAGGAUGGUAUGUGAGCUGAGAGAGGAUGAGCUGAAUCCUGAUGAUCCAGAGGUUGAAUCAGCAGCAGCUUGUGUGUAGAGAGACUCUGACUGGACCAUGUUACUGGGAGGUGGAGUCAAGAGGAGAGCUUCAUCCACAUGUUUCUCAUUUAACUUCAACAACAGAGCUGCAAUCAAUCUAUUCUAACAGAACCAACAAAUAAAGUCCAGUUCCUCUUGAAUUUUCACCUCUAGAUGGAGCCAAAUCUCCACUAAAGACCUUCAUGGAGUCAGGGCUGAAUAUAUAUUAUUAUUAUUGUUAUUAAAUAACAGUAUACGUGUGUUUUAACAUGAAAAUACCACAUAAAAUAUAAAGUAAAAGUGGGAACAUUCUAAUAUUAAAGAGUAAUUAUAGAUGUCAGAGUACAGGAAGUCUGCCAUUUUUCUGAGAAAUUUUUUUUGCAAUUUCUAUGUUUUCAAUAAAAUAAAAAU